GGCUGUGAAAAAGCUUGUAGGACCUGGUCCUUGAGUCGACUACUCAGAGACUUUUUAGAACCAACUCGAAGUCGACUUCAGACAAAGUCCGAAUGUAGGGGUCGGCAUGUCCUUUGUCCCAGGAAUUGGUCAUUUUGA